GGAAAGGAAGAGUCUCUUCUGUUAGUUGGGAAUGCGGAAGAGUGUGAGAGAGUGGGUGUGCCUGUGUGGGCCCCAUACGCCAUUUCUGAAACUGAAGAAAAAUAAAGGAUAGAUAGAUAGAUAGAUAGAUAGAGAGAGAGAGAGAGAGAGAGAGGAUGGAAAUAGAAGAAGGGGUUUUGAUAAUAACGGAUUCGAUUUCGAUAAAUGCAAGUGUCGUGGUUUGGGCUCUGCAGCAUUUCUCAAUCUCCUUAAAAGAUCUCAGAAUCAUCACCCAAGCUUCUCUUCUCGAAGGAAAUCUGUACUUUAAGUCGGCAUCAUUGUCUGCCGUUGUUUCCAUAUCAGAGAAGCCCAGUUUCCACACACAGUUAUGGCUGCUAGAAUUGGCAAAAGUGCUUAAACCAGGUGGCUCAGUAUUCUUACAAGAGCCUUCUUUCUUCGAUGAAAACAAGGAAAUUGUUUUGAGGGAGUCAAGAGCUUCAAUAGAGCGCAACCUUCUGUUUGCGGGAUUCUCUUCGUUGGAGGGUUUCGAAUGCCUCGACCACUCGGCUGAAAUCGAUACAUCAACUCAAAGUUUUGAGCUUAUUGCGAUCAAAGCUAAAAGACCUUGGGAUACAGGCACAUCCACUCCACUUCAGAAGAAAACAAUUGAAAAAGGGGAACUUUCUGUGGUUGCUUCUGGCAGCAAUUUCCAACCGCAAAUAGAUGACAUUGAUGACUUGAUCGAUGAAGACACUUUGCUUUCAGUAGAGGAUUUUAAAAAGCCGCCAGAGUUGCCUCUAGACGGCAGCUACCAGUUAAGGGAGCGGAUACGUGAACGUAACCGUCUUUAUCAACGUAGACGGCGGGCACGGAUGACAGAAGACCAGAGGAAACGUGAAAGGGAGAGGCGGCGGCAGUACAUGCAAAGCCGUAGGGUGCAGCCUAUCAGCUACGAGAUGCCGCUCCCUCUACCAAUCAGCUACAGUAGGCCGAAGGAAUGCGAGCAAGGCCCUCAGUGCGGGCAGCAGCUUCGAGAAACCAGAGGCAUUGAAACGGAGAAGAAUCCAGGAAUGGGAGAGGCCGGCGAAGCAUCAUAGCAAGAUGUUUGUACAAUAUGAAAAGUACCAUUUCAAUGGAGCACACCCAAGUUUCAAGGGUCCCUAAGAACACUACUGAGGCUGCAUUGACCGGGUAACCGAAAGAACUCAAUGCCAUUCAGCUGCUCUGUACACCAUAACGCUGCAACCAUUGUUGGUAUAUAGAAACCUUCACACUUUUGCGUUAAAGGACAAGCUAUGGGACAGAUACCCAUAUCGAAACGGGCAGCAUAUAUCCAUGUAAGUGCUACAAGCUCUGCUCAUAUGCUAUGUGUGGCGCAUCAGCUACACCCUUUUUGUGAUUAUAGUUUUGAUAUGUUGUAUAGAUGUCAGACAGGUUAUGGGUGUUGGAGAUUUUCUUGUGAACCCAUGUCCAUAUGAAUAAAAGAUCAAUCCCUGUCCGGGUGUUGUAUUGGAA